CUGGAGGUGAGGCGGGAAAAUGAGUCGCCUGCGGAGUGUGGGGAGGGAGGGAAGGGGAGAGAGGGAGAGAGAGAGAGAGAGAGAGAGAGAUGGCUCCGGUAGCACAGAGCACUCAACCGUGGGUGGAGAAAUAUAGGCCCAAGCAAGUGAAGGAUGUCGCCCAUCAGGAUGAAGUUGUCAGGGUUCUCACGAACACCCUGGAGACCACCAAUUGCCCUCACAUGCUCUUCUAUGGCCCUCCCGGGACGGGGAAGACGACGACCGCACUUGCAAUCGCCAAUCAGCUAUUUGGGCCUGAGCUGUACAAAUCAAGAGUCCUUGAACUAAAUGCGAGUGAUGAUCGUGGGAUCAAUGUAGUGAGGACCAAAAUCAAGGAUUUUGCAGCAGUUGCGGUAAGCUCUGGAAGCCGCAAAGGUGGAUAUCCUUGCCCACCUUAUAAGAUCAUUAUCCUAGAUGAAGCUGACUCAAUGACAGAAGAUGCCCAGAAUGCCCUGAGGCGGACCAUGGAAACUUACUCUAAGGUUACACGGUUUUUUUUCAUUUGCAACUAUAUUAGCAGGAUCAUAGAACCACUUGCUUCUAGAUGUGCAAAAUUUAGGUUUAAGCCCUUGUCGCAAGAAAUUAUGAGCAGUCGUAUACAGUAUAUAUGCCAAGAAGAAGGUCUUAUCCUGGAUCCAGAUGCACUCUCAACUUUAAGUUCCAUAUCUCAAGGUGAUCUACGUCGAGCUAUAACAUACUUGCAGGGGGCUGCUCGGUUGUUUGGAUCAUCUAUUUCCUCUGCUGACUUGAUCAGUGUUUCAGGGGUUAUCCCACAAGACAUUGUCCGAUCACUUUACCAGUCUUGCAAAAGUGGUCAAUUUGAAUUGGCAAAUAAGGAAGUUGAGUACAUAAUUGCAGAAGGUUAUCCAGUUUCACAAAUGCUUUCUCAGUUAUUUGAUUUAAUAGUUGAAGCUGAGGAUGCAUCUGAUGAACAGAAGGCAAAGAUUUGUAAGAGAAUUGCUGAGGCAGAUAAGCGUCUGAUUGAUGGAGCAGAUGAAUACUUGCAGCUGAUGGAUGUGGCGAGCAACACCAUGCGUGCUUUGUGCAACAUGACUCAAGAGUUCUCGUAUGAUUAGCAAACUCCAAGGAGUCCUCCCGUUGGCAUUCCUUUGUUCACAUGGGUCAAGUUCGAUUAUGGCCCUAAUCUUGUGAAUUUAAUACAGCGACCUGAGUUCCUUGAACUGAAAUGGAUAUUGAUGAAUAGAACUCCAACCUUUUGUUGCUAAGUGACAAACUAUGUACAAAAUCUUCUUUAAUCAGUUGACUUUAGAACCCGCAAUGCAGCGAUAAGCCACUUUCUUUUU